ACUAAUGCAGCAAGAUGAAAAGGGUAAAACAGAGUAACACUCUGAUCCACAUGGCAAAUAGUUGCUAUCAGCCCAACCAGGUAGCAUUAAUUUUUGGGGUCUUAAUAGAUUGGUGAAUUUCUGACCACCUGGUCACAUAAAAGUCAUCCAAUUGCAAGCGACUGAUUUCUCUGUGCAUCUCGAUGGAAUUCCCGACAAAAUUACGGACAAAGGUUUUUAAAAUCCACCAGAAACUGAUCUUUUUUUUCCCCCGAUGGAUGACAAAUGUGUCCUGUUGUUUCUUUUGUAGAGAUUUAAAGAUUGAAAACUUCCUUCUGGAUGAGCAUAACAACAUAAAAAUUGUAGACUUUGGCCUGAGCAACACUCUGAAGCCGGACUCUUUAUCCUUGGAGCUCCUCAGCACCCAGUGUGGCAGCCCUGCCUAUGCCGCCCCGGAGCUGCUAGCUCACAAGAAGUAUGGAUCCAAAGUGGACGUCUGGUCCAUAGGCGUGAGCGUGUUUGCCAUGCUGACGGGGACACUACCCUUCACUGUUGAACCUUUCAACAUUAAGCAGUUGCACCAGAAGAUGGUCAAUAAGGACAUUAGCAACAUCCCCGGCGACAUCAGCAAAGAUGCCGUGUCCUUCAUGAUGCUUCUCCUGGAGCCCGACCCAGAUAAGAGACCCAGUGUCAAAGAUGCAAUGGGAGAGAGAUGGAUCAGCGAGGGAUUUGCAAGGAAACUGUUACAUACACUCCCACAUAAAAACAGGCUGUGUCCAGAAGAUCUUAACUCAUCUGUGCUGAAUUACAUGACGGAGACACUGGGCUUUUCCCACUCUGAAAUCAUAAACACUGUCACCGCCAACAGACCCUCUGCCAUCAUGGCGUCCUAUCACCUGCUGCUAAACAAGUUCAACCGGAGCCACAGAGGAGCCAAGGCUGGCAAGAAGAUGGAGAACAAAGAUUGGAUUCCUUCAAUCAAGACUACAUGGAGAACCAGAAGCAACACUGACUCAAAGACUCAGCAACAGAGUGCACCGAAGAAUGAAAAAAGCUUGAAGCAGUUCAACAAGUCGGUGAAUGUCCAGCAGACGAGCAGAAAUCAGAACAGGAGGAAGACCACAGAUUUCCAUAGAAAGGGUCACCACAAGGAUGACGAGAACUGUCCGCCCUCUCCUACUCUGCCCCGCGUUCCUCGCUCUGCUUCCCCCCCUUCACCCUCACCGUUCAUCUCCCCCGACCCUCUGUUGGCAGAGGACGGGACGACGGAUGAGGAGGUAACCAUCUCUGUGAACACCAGGGAGACAUUAUUUCCUGAAGUGUGUGGAGACCGGGAACUUGUCCAUCUUUCCCCUCCGAAAAGCUCAACUUCACAACUCUGUGACUCUGCGCCCUGCCAUGUUCCCUUACCAGCUGAGCCCAUCAGAGACAGCGUCGGGUCCAGACCAAUCCGACACACGCACCCGCUCAGGACAACUCAGUCGGACGGAGCGGCAGACCCUGGGUCAGACUGCUUCCAGGACAAGUACCACCAGGAGAACUCUCAUCACCUUAGCAUCAAUGAGAGACUGGAGAAGCUGCAGACGUUUUACUCCUCUGAAAAGAACAGCAUCUCUCCCAGAAUGCUCCUGGAGGCUGGUCCCAUUCUCUCCCCAGAAAGAGGGCAGCUGGGUUCCACCCAGACAUCACAGAUGUCCCCGUCUGCUCAUCUGCCACGCCUACGCAACGUCGGGCUAAAAGAUGGCAGAGGAAGGAAGGUGACAUGGGCGGGCCUGACCAGACCUGGACCUCCUAGACUUCUGGUGAAUGGGUUGAAGCCACCGGUUUUCCCCUCGCAGAGACAACAUACGUUAAUCAUGAAGAGCCUCCGGCAGGAGAGGGGAAGAAGAAAAGAGUUCACUGCCGCAGGCGGAGGCGAGCGAGCAGGAGAAGAAAUCGACGGAGAGAAGAGGAACUCUGUUCAGUUACGUUUAUCUCCCCAGCGGCGGGGGGCGAACCUGAACCUGCCGCUGCUUCCUGUGGCGUUGCAGGGUAAAACUGACAGGAAGAACCAGAUACAAAGUUUAGACUACUGACACACUCCGGUUAGAGCGCUGGUGUCCGGAAAAAAAGGUCCACCGAAAGUUCAUGGAAGUCAGAAUAGCAAUAAAAUAUUAGUCAACUGUGUAGAAACAGAGGAGUACGGCCAGAAACAAUUUCAACGAACUACCAUAAAUGGCAGCUACAAAAUUGUACAGUCCUUAAGCUAUGUUCCCGUUAUACUGUUCUAUUCAUGCCACGCUCAGAGGAACCCAUCCUAGACAAACACCAUUCAGUUUGUUUAACUUUAGCUGCAGUGCCAAAAAUACUUCAGCUUCAUACCUCAGCUGCUGGAUUUCAGUCUUAGAAGGACGGGGAUUGGUUUAAGUCAUGGGAAACAUCUCAAACCCCAACCUCCUCCCAUCGGAUUGCAGCUCAGAAUCUGUUCUGACCUUUGAUUCUUAAACAAAACCUCUGAAGUCAAGUAAGUAAAUGAUAAAGGAAAAAUAAAGAAUGUCAUCUAAAA